GUCAACAGGCGACGCCGCGCACUUCAACAACCUUUUUUUAUUUUUUAAACCCUACGCAUUUUUUUUCCGCCUUUAGAGGUUUAACUUCGCGAAUCCGUUUGGGAUGUGACGUCCAGAGAGGACUUUCUUGCGCCCAGGCGGAGCCCCGCGUUUCCCGGACUUUUGUUUACUUCUUUUUUUUUCCGGCACAACGUACCUUUUUUUUACCGGAACAUUUCGCACAUGACUUUGUAACACCUGGCAACAUUUCGUACAUGACUUUGUAACACCUGGCAACAUUACGUACAUGACAUUGUAACACCUGGCAACCUUUUUUAUUUAUUUAAUUUUUUUACCGCCACAUUUCGCACAUGACAUUAUUACACCUGGCAACGUUUCGCACAUGACAUCGUAACACCUGGCAACGUUUCGUACAUGACAUUGUAACACCUGGCAACAUCACCUGUCGACCAUGGCGGAAGCGGCCCAGCAGCCACACCUGGUGGAGAUUGACCCGGACUUCGAGCCCCUGGCCCGGCCGCGGUCGUGCACUUGGCCCCUGCCCCGGCCGGAGUUCCCCAACCCUGGCGACUCCAACACCUCCUCGCCGGUGCCGUCCGUCAAGCAGGAGCCGGCCGGCAACGUGGAGUUCAUCAACAACCUCAGCCUCCUGGAGGAGCGCGAUGAGAAACCGGUUCUCCUGUGCAGCGACUUCCAGUGUCGGGAGACGACGUGCGUCCACCGGCAUCAGCAGCUCCAGCAGCAGCAGCAGCAGCAGCAGGUGCCCCUGCUCUCCUCGCCGGCCGCCUCGUCUUCCUCCGCGGCCGCUGCCCAGAGGAAGAGCAGCUCCUCCCGGCGGAACGCGUGGGGGAAUAUGUCUUAUGCCGACCUCAUCACCAAAGCUAUCGAGAGUUCCCCGGAGAACCGCCUGACGCUGUCCCAGAUCUACGACUGGAUGGUGAAGAGCGUGCCUUAUUUCAAAGACAAGGGGGACAGCAACAGCUCUGCCGGGUGGAAGAACUCCAUCAGGCACAACCUGUCGCUGCACAGCCGCUUCAUCCGCGUGCAGAACGAGGGCACGGGGAAGAGCUCCUGGUGGAUGCUGAACCCCGAGGGCGGCAAGAGCGGGAAGUCCCCCCGGCGCAGGGCCGCCUCCAUGGACAACAACAGCAAGUUCACCAAGAGCAGAGGACGGGCCGCCAAGAAAAAGCUGUCCCUGCAGGGCGGCCCAGACGGCGGCGCCGACAGCCCGGGCCCCUACAACAAGUGGCCCGGCAGCCCCAACUCGCACAGCAACGACGACUUCGACGCCUGGAGUAGCUUCCGGCCCCGGACCAGCUCCAACGCCAGCACCGUCAGCGGGCGCCUGUCGCCCUUCAUGCCCGAGGACGACCUGGGCGAGGCGGAGGUGCACAUGGGCUACCCGGGCGCCCCCGGCCCCAAGAUGACCGCCACGCUGCCCAGCCUGACGGAGAUGACGGGCUCCCUGGGACACGGCUCGGAGAACGUCAUGGAGAACCUUCUGGACAAUCUGAACUUGCUCUCGCCUAAUAACUCUCAGGUGGGGGGAGGGGCCACCACCCCCGGGUCGGCCCAGUCCUCCCCGUCACCCAUGAGGCAACCCAGCCCCGGGUACCCCUCCUACAGCUCCCCCAGCAUGGUGUCGCAGCCGCCGCAGGAGUACCGCAAGUGUGUGUACGGGCAAGCGGGGCUCAACGCCAUGACCAUGCAGACCUUGCCGGAGAGCAAGGCCGCCUUCGGGCCCGCCCUGGCGCCGUACAGCUGCUCCACCGGGCUCCUGAAGGAGCUGCUUACGUCCGACACGGACCAGCACCGAGACCUCCUGCCGUCGGUGGACGCCGUGGCGUCCCGGUCGAGCGGGAGCUGCAUGCUGCCGCCGUACGCGCCCAAGCUCAUGGCGGGAGGCAACGUCCACCAUCACGGUCUGCCGCACCCUCGCCAAGCCCCGCCCACUUCCUCGGCGAUGAACGGCCGCUUGCUCAUGUCUCUCAACCACAGCAGCAAAAACCCCAUGCCGGUGCCUUACGGCCUCACGAGCCACCUCGGCGGCGGCGUGCCGGGAGCCUUCUGCCCCGUCAACACCAACGGAUACGGACGCCUGGGCCCGGCGCCGCCGCCCCACCCGGAGAAGCUGCCCAGCGACCUGGACGACAUGUCCAUAGAGAAGUUUGAGUUUGACAUGGAGACCGUCCUCCACGAGACUCUCAUGGACGGCGACUCGCUGGACUUCAACUUUGAGCCCAUGGUGACCCAGCAAGGCUUCCCCCACGGGGUGAAGACCACCACGCACAGCUGGGUGUCCGGCUAGGAGGAACCGUCCAGUCGGUCUCCAUUCAAGUCACCCAAGAAGGCUGGAUCCUGGUUUCUGUACCUUCAACGUUCCUGCCCAAAAACUUUGCGACAAAGUGCCAGCUCGUCACCGGAUGGAAAUAUCAAAGUAACUUAAGUGCCAAACUAUUUGCCUUAAACACGGAGCCGAUGGACGCGCAUCCUUAAAGUCAAGUCCAUCAUUGUUUUGAAGUUUGGUGGUUCUGUGUGGACCCUAGACUGAAGAAGCUAACUUUGAGUAUCUUCUAGCAUCUUUUUUCAUCUGUCCUUCUAGCAUUUCA